AUGAAUCCAAAGUUCGAAGCAUGUGAACCCAAAACUUGUGGUGGCACCACUAAUCACCAAAACGUAAGCUUUCCCUUCUACAUCAUAUCAAAACAAAACUCCUACUGUGGUCUCCCCAAUUUCGGACUCACCUGCUCCCGCGACGGCUUCCCAAUCCUCACCACCUCAGAAACUCUAUACACUGUCCAAAACAUUUUCUACAACAACCAAUCACUUCGAGUGUCCAUCCCUGGCCUCUCGGGACCAAGAUCCACGGAAUGUAUUGCCCCACUAAGAAACUUCAGCGGCCACAGCAAAAGGUUCAGUGUUGCUUCGAAGCAGAAGGAAGUGUUGCUGUUCUAUGGCUGCAAGAACAUGCAAAACCACAGUAUUGGGUGUUCAGCUGAAAACAGAACGGGAUCGGUUGUGGCGCUUUAUGUGGAUGAUGUGGAGAAUUCGAAGUUAGCGGAGAAGAAUUGCAGGGGGACGGUGAGCGUAACGAGGGUGGAAGAUGAGAAAGGAGGGGUUGAAAAGGAGCUGAGAAGAGGGUUUUUGAUGAAUUGGAUGGCCAAAAAUUGCAGUGAGUGUUCCAACAGUGGUGGAAGGUGUGGGUGGAAGGUGUGGGUUCGAUCAAGACCACUAUGCUUUCAGGUGUUACUGUCGUGA